GGACCCCAAGGUAAUGCCCUGAGCCAAAGGCAGAUGCCCAACCGCUGAGCCUCCCAGGUGCCCAGAACUCUGUGCAUCUUUAACGCGCUGGGGCCUGACUUAAUAGUCGUCCCACGUGGAAAGCUAGCCUGUGAGUUGGAGGGCAGGGACCAUGUGUCUCCUUCAUCCCGUAGCGCGUGUCCGAGGCUCAGUGUUCUGCACACGUAGUAGGUGCUCAAGAGAUACGCACUGGCCGGCCGGAUGCAUUGCCUGGCUGCACUCUCACAAGAACUUCCUAUUACCCGUCCCUUUCUGCAGGUGAGGCAGCGGGAGCUUAGUCGGGCUAAAUAAUUUGCCUGGGUUGCCCAGUUGGUGAGACACAGAGCUGGUGUUCUAGUGAGUUCUGACUGACUUUAAGGCCAGGCUCCAAACCAGAGCCCUUAACUGCAUUUAGCAUCAAUUUGAGCAAAGGGUGGGGUUGCAUCUCCAUCUCAGUAGUGAUUCUCUCAUGGAAACAUUUUCAUGACCCCCAAAAUCUUUGUACACAUUCUCAUACCCUUUUACAUUUUCCCUGCAGGAUAAACCAACAUUUCACCCGGUAUGAAAUUCUGUGGACUUCAAAACGGUAAAUAAAAAUGGCAAAGGGAUGCAGUAGCAUGUUCACAAUCUGGAGAAUAAUUUAUAAUCAUAAUGCCUCCUUUUAUUUGAAGAAUUGGGACUGCUCUCGUGAGAACUAAUUUGUUUAGGCCUCUGAUUUCACGCUUAGAGUAGGCUGCAAAGCUCCCCACCUGGAUAUUUCCAGGCUCCAAGUUGCUGUGCGGAGGAGGGGGUCGGGGGAGGGAGAAGGAUUCAUUAUUAGGUCUUAGCUUGAAAUCUGAGGCCAGUUUCUAAUGGGAAGUUCUUAAACACUUAAGCCCUGUGGCUGUAUAGCCGAACCUCCGGAGGGUGAAUGUUGUCCGAGGGGUAGAAGUCGAGGCAAUGAGGUAAAAAUAAAAGACUCCCUUUGUCCCAUUCUAAAAUUGUGUGGUUUUCUUUCCUGAGCUGCUGCUCUUAGGAGCCACAAGGGAAAGGGGCUGCAGGAGCCCGCGCACCCAGAAACACUGCUCGCGGGGAGCUGGAGGCGAUCACAGGUUUCCGCGUCUUGUGAAGGAGAAUGUCGUGGGUCCCACUGGACUCCCGUCCCUCAUUCACAGCUGAGGGUCCUCCAGACACCUUCCAGGUGCUCUCCCAUUGAUUGCCCUGUAUCAGGUCACAGGUGCAACCAGAACUCAGAGCCACACCAACCGAGGCUGCUGUUGAGCCGCUCCGAUAAGAACGAGUCUCGGGCCAACCCAGAAGCCUCUCCCCAAGGGUCGUGGAGGAGGAGGUCGGGCUUCUUAUCGGACAAGCAUUCAGCCGACCGAUGUGGCUCGGUCCUCGGGCUGCGGAGCGCAAGGAGGAGGGCGUGCGGGGCUCUGCUCCAGCCAGCCCUGCGCUGCCACCAGGCCUCGGGGCACCAUCUGUCAUACGAGGUCAUCCUAGAUGCACCUGGAAGGAAGCCGGCACCUGCUGUCCAGCAGUUCUAGCCACAUCCGCUGGCCGCCUUCCUGCUCCUUGCUGGAUCUGAAAGGUGUGGGGGAUGGGAACAGGCAAAGCACCUCGCAGGUAAGGAGGGCACCAUUCAAAAAACGAAACAGAAAGCAUGAUCUGUUUUUUCCUAAAGUUCCCUGUCUGUAGCUCUGUAAUAUAUAUGCGUGUGUCUCUGAGCCGAGGAGCAGGAGGGAAGCCCUUCCAUCUGCCCCCACCUCCUGCUUCCAUGGCCCCGGAGAGCCCUGGCCUGCCUCGCGUGGGGAAGCAAGGCCUGACGCCACCCUACUGACUACUGGCUGCCCCACCUCAGGUGCCAGGGGCAAAGGGGUGCAAUUCCCAGUUCUAAGGGCUAGCCCGGGCCUACUGCCACUUUUGCUUGCAGGCAGGCAGGGCUGGCUUCCCCGGGGAAUCUUGCACAUCACAGAGGUACAGAAAUGUUGGGCAAAUGAUGACCAAAAAAUUAUAUCUUAAUAGGUGUUGUCCCUGAACAAAAGAAGGCAUAGGCCCGAGUGGCAGAAACGAAGGGCGAAACCACAGCCAAAGCGGCUGGGUGUAAGCGGGGAGCCUGGCGCCAGAGAGGCGUUAGAGGAGCCACGGGCAGGCUCCAGGGCCCAGGCCAAGGCUCCACCAGCAGCGUGGGAGGAGCAGGCGACUGGCGAGGCCUGUCCACCGCUCAGGGAAGCAGGAGGAAGCGCCUGGUCUCUCUGGGGACACGGGGGUGUCGCAUCCCUGGGCCCACGCGUGAAUGGGCAGAGUCCAGCUCGGUGCCACCUUGAAGGCCAGGAGCCCCAAGCACAGAAACUAACGUAACGCUUCGCCUAAAGCAGUUGAGGCCUCCAGGAGCCUCAGGAAAGCACUCGGUGCGACCGCCCGGGGCACGCGGGGCACCCAGGAUGACCAAGUCCUGCCCAGGAUGCGCUCAGCCAGGAAGUGACCCAUCCCCCGCGGAAAGGCGCCUGGCAGGUGCAGCCGGCAGGGACUCCCGGGUUCGUGCAGGCUCCGAGGCAUCUAUCGGCACCUUCACAGCUGGUAAGGGCGCCACCGCCAGCUGCGGCCCGGCCCAGCUGUGCCUCCGGGUCCCGCCUUCUCAGGCCACUCCAUCCCCCGGUCGCAUACACUCAAAAUCUUGCAGCGUCUUCGUCUUCUCUCAGCUUUUCCCCUUAAGAAAGGCUUUCAAUUUCUCACCUUUCUUCCCUCCUCUCACCCAUUGCGGCCACGGCCAGCUACCCGUCCCUCUUCUUUUUAUUCCCCCUGCCCGGCCACAAACGUAUCCUCCUAAGUGGCAGGUCCAGUGGUUUUGCUUCCCGAAGCCAAAUCCUGCUUACGGAAGUCCAAACCGUCCCCAGCUUGGGCUUAAAGCUCUCUCCAGCUUUGUUUCCUAUUAUGACACACUCCCCUUCCCCCCACACCCCGGCCUCCUGCUCUGGGACAUUGGGCUACUUGUCCUUCCUUCGCUCCGCCUCUUACUUCCAAGCAGCCUCCUCCCUCCGACUGGACUGCUUCCCUCAUCACAUCAGCUGCUGGAAGGUCAAUCUUGGCUUAAACCUUCUAGAAACAGGCUCCAGCGGCCCGCGGGCCGGGGUCAUGGGUGGCGUCUUGGGGCGCGCCUCGCUGCCGGGGCUGCUGAGUGGCCCGUGGGCCCCCGGACCGAGCCUGCUCGCGCACCCCAACUCGGGAGGGUCCUCCUGGACUCGAGAGCGGACCCUGGUUGCAGUGAAGCCGGAUGGGGUGCAGCGGCGGCUUGUGGGGGACGUGAUCCAGCGCUUUGAGAGGAGGGGCUUCAAGCUGGUGGGGAUGAAGAUGCUGCAGGCGCCAGAGAGAGUCCUUGCUGAGCACCACCAUGACCUGCAGAGGAAGCCCUUCUACCCACCGCUCAUCAGCUACAUGACCUCCGGCCCCGUGGUGGCCAUGGUCUGGGAAGGCCCCAGUGUGGUGUGCUCCUCGAGGACCAUGAUAGGACACACCGACUCAGCUGAGGCCACCCCCGGCACCAUCAGGGGGGACUUCAGCAUCCACAUCAGCAGGAACAUCAUUCACGCCAGCGACUCCGUGGAGGGGGCCCGGAGGGAGAUCCAGCUAUGGUUUCAGAGCAGUGAGCUGGUGGACUGGGCAGACAAAAACCACGAGAGCAGCAUCUACGCAGCCUGAGCACUCGGGCUGCCCUCAGCCACCCUGCGGCCGCCCAGGAUCAACUACCUCUGUCGUGCAGACCCCGAGCCCACCCUGGCGGUCUGCCCUUCUGUCCCAGACCCCGUCUACUUUCCGCUCCACACUACCCCGAGGAGCUGAACAACCAACUCUAUGUGCCUUUUACUAUCCUGAGCCAAUAAGAAAUUGGACCAAAUCCUUUCUAUACCAAAGUGCCAGACAACCUUUGGGGUGUCUCCAAAAGUAUGUAGUGUAAGCGCCCUUUCCCCAAGGGGGGUGGGACACCACUGUGUUGUGGCGGGCGUGGGUCGUUUGGUACAGUUCCUGCCAUCUCUCAGAUUAGGGGUGAGGACUUCAUGCAAAGUCGUAAGAGUUUGAAAGUAGAAAUAAAGCUUACCUGCUCACGCAAAAAAAAAAAAAAAAAAAAAAAAAAAAAAAAACCUUCUAGAAACAUGAUGUUGUGGAAAAUAAAGGCAUCAUGUAGACUAGACGUAGCUGGUUUCCAGUUCCAGAAAUGUUGCUUACCAGCUCUGUGCCUCCAGCAAGUCACAACCGCCCCCCCCGCCCCCACCUAGUUUCUGAUUAUGCGAGAUGAGCAGGACACCUACUUUGCAGAAGCGAGACAGCUGGAGGUAAUCUCUGGAAAGCACCUAGCACAGACUUGGUCCCAGUACGUGCUCAAUAAACCGUUGCUGAAUUGCGCCUCUAUCGGCAUUUUCGUGGCAGUUUUGUCCUACUGCUUCCCCAGCCAGAGCCCCCUGAGGCCCAAGGCCUCAUCCAAACUGUCUUGGCCUCUUUGUAGUUUCCUAUGUCCGACACAGGAACACACCUACUGACAAGUGGUGGAAAGAACUUAGCAUGCCUAACCUGAUGUUAGGGAAGGGAAGAAUCCGGGUAGAGGGACCUAGUGGAUCUCAGGUACUGGAUGGGUGUUGAGGGCCCACUUGUAUGGCGUCACUGCAGAGAGGGCAGGACCCCCGUCAGGAGCUAUAAGGAGGACAGUUUUAGCACAGGGUGGGAAUAGCCAACGGGUAGAGAGCUGCUCAACAUGAGAGCAGCUGUCCACUGUGAGGUGCUGGCGGUUAAAAGAAGUUGGAUUAUGGAAAGUGUUCCUCCGUGGGAUGAUACAUAAGACCAGAUCUGCGAUGCUUAACUUUGGGGGCUCACAAAAGCCUUUGAAAAUCUGAUAAAAGUUAUGGAUCUUCUUCCCUAAAAAAAUAAAAAAAGAAAGAAAGAAAAGAAAAGAAAAAGGUUCGAAGCAUCACAUUUUGCAAAUAAUUUUGCAAAUGAUUUCAGGAGCUUCAUGGCUCCUAGGCAAAGAUCACCUGAAAACCCCUGGAGGAUGCUAUCCAUCUUCAACUUUCUUUUUUACUGUUAAUAAUGAGAAAGAAGCAUUUCUGUUCUAUGUAUCUUCAAAAUUCAUACGUCCAUCUCAGGGGCCUGGCUCAUAACUUUUGUCCAGAUUCAAUGCUCUACAUAUUUGUGGAUUAAAAGGAUGAAUAAAUGAAUGAAACCUUU